AUGGCCAAAUUCCUGCCGGUGGUCGGUGAAGUGAUCACGGCAGUCGAGUCGGCUGGAAAGUUGGUUGCUGCUGGUGUCACAGCACCUUUCGACCCGAAAGCCGGCAAGAAACUCGUCGACUCAGCCGGACAGGCCUGGGUCGACUACAAAGACCAGAACCUCCUGGCAUGUACCUGUCGUGGGGAUGGAAAAGGCAUCGUGCAAGGUGUGGAUGCGUUUUCGCAGAGCUGUCCGGGGGUUGCCCAUGUUCGGGGAGUUGUUCAUCUCGCACGGGGUGAGAAUCAAGAGGCUUACGACUGCAUCGCCAAUGGCACCAAAGCGAUCGGCGUAUGCGCCGCCGCUGUGGUGGCUACGACAGCCACUGGUGGCAUGGGCACGGCUGCUGCCCUCGCAUGUGUUGGGGGAUCAGCCGCCGCUACGCAAGUGGCGCUUGAUGGUGUUGACACAGGCAUCCGCAGCGGUUAUAAUGGGGAGUUUCGGGCUGCCGGCACCAUCCAGGGUGUGCAGCGGGCUGUGAAGACUGGCGACGCGGUCCACAUUGCAGAGGCAGUCAUCGCCCCAGCGCAGACAGCGGCCGUUGCCGCAGGUGGUGCUGCGGUGGCGAGGGCAGUCGCCAGCGCAAACAUGGCAUCGGAACAGAACCUCUCUGGCACAGGCCAGUCGCUGACAAAGCCGCCUGCACAAGCAAAUCCAGCCUUGACGCCCGAGAACUUGGCAGCUGUAAGCCAACAGGCACCCAGACCCAGUCCGCUGGUGCCACCGGAGGGGUCUGUAGGAGGAUCAGGAGUAUCGGUGCCGAACUCAAUGGCCGGCUGGCCCAACUCGGCUGCUAGCACUACAAGUUUGGAGAGCCAGGUGUCUCUGGUGAGCGAGGCCUAUUCUGCACCAAUGCAAGCGCAGCUUAUCAGCGAAAACCCGGUGAAGAUGCUGAACAGCCGGGGCCAACCCAGUGAUGCAGCCCGUCAUGCCUUCGACAGGCAUAUCCAUCAGAUGAACGCACCUGAAGCACUCGAUCUGGUCGGCAACUGGAACUUAGCUCGUGGCAUGCGCUUUGUAAAUUGGCUUCAGGAGCAGAUAGCCUCGGAAGGGAGCGUCAUGUACGACGUUCUCUACAGAGGUGAGCCGAUGCGAGCCAUCUUCAACCCUCGAAACAACGUGGCGGUCUUUGUACGAGUUAACACGAAUGGCGCCAUGGACCUCGUUGCAGCUUUUCCUUUGAGUCCUGCCCAACAGCGGUAUUUGUUGGCACAAAACCCCCGUGUCAACUGA